AUGGAAGUAAAAUCACCACCCAUUGGGACCCAGCUCAACUCCAGCCCUCAGAGGGAGGAGGACCAUGAUCCAAAGGAACCAGAGCAGUUGAGAAAACUGUUUAUUAGUGGUUUGAGCUUUGAAAUUAUAGGUGAUAGUUUAAAACAACAUUUUGAAAAAUGGAAUACACUUACAGACUGUGUGGUGAUGACAGGCCCCCAAACAAAACUUUCUAGGGGUUUUGGUUUUAUGACUUACUCUUGUGUGGAAGAAGUGAAUGCAGCAAUGUGUGUUCAAACACACAAGGUUGAUGGACAUGUAGUGGAACCAAAGAGAGGAUUUAGAGAGGAUUCUGCAAAGCCUGGUGCCCAUCUAACUGUGAAGAAAAUUUUCACUGGUGGUAUUAAAGAAGAUAUAGAAGAAAAUAACUUGAGAGUCUACUUUGAAAAGUAUGGCAAGACUGAAACCAUAAAAGUUAUGGAGGACAGGCAGAGUGGAAAAAAGAGAGGAUUUAAUGAUCAUGAUACAGUUGAUAAAAUUGUUGUUCAGAAAUACCACACAACUAAUGGGCCUAAUUGUGAAGUGAAAAAGGCCCUUUCUAAACAGGAAAUGCAGUCUGCUGGAUCACAAAGAGGUUGUGGAGGUGGCUCUGGCAACUUUAUGGGUCAUAGAGGAAACUUUGGUGGAAGAAGAGGCUAUGGUGGUGGAGGUGAUGACAGCAGAGGUAGUUAUGGAGGAGGUGAUGGUGGAUAUAAUGUAUUUGGAGGUAAUGGUGGCAACUAUGGGGGUUAUAGUAGUAGAGGAGGCUAUGGUGGUGGUAGACCAGGAUAUGGAAACCAAAGAAGUGGUUAUGGUGGUGAUGUUGAAGGAUAUGAUGGUUACAAUGAAGGAGGAAAUUUUGGAGAUGGUAACCAUAGUGGUGGUGGGAACUAUAAUGCUUUUGGAAACUAUAGUGUACAACAACAAUCUGGAGCCAUGAAGAGGGUGAGUUUUGGUGGAAGAAGCUUGGGCAGUCCCUGUGGUGGUGGUUAUGGAUCUGGUGGUGGAAGUGAUGGAUAUGGUAGCAGAAGGUUUUAA